CCAGACAAUAUAACAGCUGUCUUGGAAUUCCUCCUUCUGGGACUCUCAGAUGAUCCAGCACUCCAGCCGCUGCUAUUCUGUCUGUUUCUGACCAUGUACCUGAUCAGUGUAAUGGGGAAUCUUCUCAUCAUCCUGGCUGUCAGCUCUGACCCUCACCUCCACACCCCCAUGUAUCUCUUCCUCUCAGUCCUAUCUGCAGCUGACAUCGGUUUUAUCUCCACAACCGUCCCCAGGAUGAUUUGGGACCUUCAGACUCAGAGAAAAGUCAUCUCUUACACAGGCUGCCUGACUCAGCUGUCACUCUUUUAUCUUUUUGGAUGUCUGGACAGUGCACUGCUCUUGGUGAUGGCUUUUGAUCGAUUUGUAGCCAUCUGUCACCCUUUGCAUUACUCUGCUAUCUUGAACGCCCGUCUCUGUAACCUGUUGAUUCUGGCGUCCCUUCUGUUCGGUCUGUCAGACUCCCAAGUCCACAGCUUCAUGAUGUCACAGCUUACCUUUUGUGGAAAUGUAGAAGUUCCACAUUUUUUCUGUGACCUUCCUCAGUUACUCAAACAUGCUUGUGAUAGCACUGCCGUCUAUAAGAUAAUAAUGUACUUGAUAAGUGCCAUCUUUGGUGGUGUCCCAAUCUCAGGGAUCCUUUUCUCUUAUACCAGAAUUGUCUCCUCUGUUUUGAGAGUCUCUUCAAGAGGUGGGAGGUGCAAAGCCUUCUCCACCUGCUGCUCUCACCUGUCCGUAGUUUGCUUAUUUUAUGGGACGGGUGUUGGUGUGUACCUCAGUUCUCUAUUCUCACCUUCUCCCAGGAAGGUUGCUGUGGUCUCAGUGGUCUACACAAUGUUAGUCCCCACACUGAAUCCCUUCAUCUACAGCCUGAGGAACAAGGACAUUAAGAUAGCCACACAGAGCCUCCUCAACAGAAUUGUCUACUGCUGA